AUGCAGCGCCUCCGCAGAUCGCUGCAGGGCAAGAAUCUCAGGAGAAUCGCCUAUACGUUCGGAGGAGGCUCGUCAGUCGUAGUUGGUUAUCGUCUGUGGCUCGCUCGAAACCCGGUCCUACUAGACAGCGGCCCAAGCGCUGCUGAAUGGAGUUCAGGAGUAGACGCCACGCAGCUUCCGCUAUCAGAGAGCUUCAGAACAGCUGCUGCAAUACAGUCUGGUGAGCAUCCUGAAAACAAGAAGCCGGCCGGAUCCACCCAGCCACCUCCGCCCCAGACCAAAAGCCACUCCACCUUUGGGGCAGAAGGAGAUGUCGAAGACGAGGAACGUUCAGCCUGGCAGACGGCAACGGAUCAGGUGUCACAAGUGUGCGCAUCCGUUUCCGCGUUCGACUAUACCACUAUCAAAUCGACACUUACCAGCUUCGUCUUGCCCUCUUGGAUAAGGACUCUUCCGGGCCUCUUGGAGAAAUUACAAAAUGAGCUAUCCAUGGCGCCAUGGUCACUUAGCUGGGAAAUUUGGGAAGAAGCUCAUGAUCCGGAAAUACAUCCAGAGAUCUUAUGGGAUGCCAAAGUCAGAGUGUCUAAUGAGCUCUGUGCAGAUGAGCAAAACUUCUUACGCAAACGCAAAUUAAACACAGCAAAGGCCUUGGCGCGUUACCUGGGCAUUUCGGAGCAAGAUGUCGACCCUGACGAUGUGCCCACGAUUGCUAUGUGUGGCUCCGGUGGUGGUCUGCGUGCCCUCGUAGCUGGCACUUCUUCCUAUCUGUCCGCGCACGAGGCUGGCCUCUUUGAUUGCGUCACAUACACAGCUGGAGUGAGUGGCAGUUGUUGGCUGCAAGCUCUCUACUAUUCUUCCAUCGGCAAGCUCAGCCACCAGCGGCUGAUCGACCAGCUCAAAGAUCGGAUUGGAAUUCACAUUGCCUACCCGCCGGCUGCAUUGGAUCUUCUCAACCAGGCUCCAACAAACAAGUUUCUCCUCAGCGGAUAUGUGGAAAAGCUCAAGGGCGUCCCCGACUCGUACUUUGGCAUCGUUGAUGUCUAUGGUCUGCUGCUUGCUGCACGACUGAUGAUUCCCAAGGGGGAACUGAGGAUCAGCGACUACGAUUUGAAGAUCUCUAAUCAGCGCUUCUACACUGAAGAUGGUGCUCAGCCUCUCCCAAUCUACACUGCUGUUCGGCACGAGAUUCCAAAUGCACCGGAUGACUUUCGCGGCGUGGCCAAAGAGGCCAGAUUCGCCACGAAGCAUUACGAUUGGUUCCAGUGGUUUGAGUGGACACCCUACGAGUUCUUCUGUGAAGAACUGAACGCCGGCAUCCCGACCUGGGCAGUGGGGCGCAAGUUCCGUGGUGGCGAUACUCUUUGGCGCGAUAAUGGCCUCGCCUUGCCCGAGCUCAGAGUACCGUUGAUGCUCGGAAUAUGGGGUAGCGCCUUCUGUGCCACGCUUUCUCACUACUAUAAAGAGAUCAGGCCCAUGAUAAAAGCUGCUGGAUUUGCUAUGCUCGACUCAGCCUUGGCGCUGAAAGAUCAGGAGCUGGUUAAAGUUCACCCCGUCGAUCCGGCUGUCAUCCCAAAUUUUGCGCUUGGAUUAAAAGACAAGCUCCCACCGACGGUGCCAGAGAGCAUCCACCAGUCGACACAUUUACAGCUAAUGGAUGCUGGUAUGUCUAAUAACCUACCAAUCUAUCCUCUGCUGAGACCCGGUCGCGACGUGGAUGUGAUCAUAGCCUUUGAUGCCUCGGCGGAUGUCAAGACCGACAACUGGAUCAAAGUCGUAGACGGGUAUGUACGACAGAGGGAUAUCAAAGGAUGGCCCAUGGGCGCUGGCUGGCCAUCAGCAGGCGAAUCGUCAGCGGAUAUCGCGCAAGACAUCGAAUUGGCCGAGGCGGCGUCCGUGGCUCAUUCUCCCAAUACCAUGGACUCAGUACAGAACACGCAAGGAAGCAGCAUGGAGGAUUUAGAACACUGCACCGUUUGGGUAGGCACAAGACAAGAGCGACACGAAUACAUGGACGAACCGCCUUCGCGCCGACUCAAGCCAGACGUGUCUGAUGAUUGGCAUCUCAUGAACCCGAACGCAGGCAUCGCUCUAAUCUACUUCCCGUUCUUGAAGAACGAUAAAGUCGCUGGUGUGGAUCCGAUGACAUCGGACUUCAUGUCGACAUGGAACUUCGUCUAUACACCAGACGAGAUUGAUUCGGUGGUCCGCCUUGCUCGAGCCAACUUCGAGGAGGGCAAGGAACAGACCAAAAAGACUAUUCGUGCUGUAUAUGAGAGGAAGAAAGCUGCUCGACUUCGCAAGGAGAAGGAGGAGAGAGAAUUCAGAAGGGCUAUGAAGGUCCGCCGAGGCCGCGCUGCCGCGAUGCGAAAUGGAGAUGUUGGUCAGGGCGACCAAUUCAGUGGCGGGAUUUGA